AUGUUGAAAUUUUAUUCUAUUUUUUUAGGAAGAGGUGCAAAUGGUAUGGUUUAUCAAAUUGAAUAUCAAAAUAUUCAAUAUGCCAUGAAAAUUUCAAAUAAAAAGUCAACAAAAGAAUAUGAAAUAGCUGAAAAAAUGAAAAAUUACAUAAAUGAACAUUCACUAUUAGAUGUUAAAAUAAUGAACAUGUUUAAUAUACAAGAUUUUAUUCUAUCAAGACCAGUUGGAAAAUUAAUGGACGAAAAUCAGUUAUGUCAAAAGAAAUAUAUUACUCAAAUAUUCAAGCAAUUAGCAAUUGGUCAUAAACUUGGACUUGUUCAUCGAGAUAUUCGAACAUAUAAUUUAAUAUUAUUUAAUCAUGAAGAUGUUUAUUUAAUCGAUUGGGAUUCAUCAACAUAUAAUGGUUUUAAUGGUGAAUAUGAAGGAUCAUUUCUGACAGCAUCAACAUCUGUACUGGCUGAGUAUGAAUGGACACGUGGUAAACAAGUUUCGGCUUAUUUUGCUGAUGAUUGUUUAUCGAUCAUUUAUAUGUUAUUAUUAUCUAAUUGUACAAAAGAAGAAAAAGUUAAAUUAAAAGAACGUGCCCGUGAUGGUUCUGCUGGCAGAUUAAUCAUAGCACGUGAAGAAGUUUUACAACGUUAUCCAAAAGAAGCUAUAGAUUGUCUUUAUGAAAUUGAACAGAAACGUGCUAGUUUAAUAAAUAUAGAUGAUUUACAUAAUCAGUGUCAACAAAUAAUUAACAAAUGCAUAAACUUGACUUAG